CUUGGGGGUUGGGACCUCCGGCUGCAGGUCCGCCUGGGCCAGACGCGCGAGCGCAGGCAGCCGGUGUGUGGUCGGGCGCCCGACCUCCGCAGUCCUAGUUGAGCCGCGACCCUUCCGGCCGCCUCCACCCCACCUCGCCGCCAUGCGUCUUCGCCGCCUUGCGCUAUUCCCGGGCGUGGCGCUGCUUCUCGCCGCGGCCCGCCUCGCCGCUGCCUCCGAUGUGCUAGAACUCACGGACGACAACUUCGAGAGUCGCGUCUCCGACACGGGCUCUGCGGGCCUCAUGCUCGUGGAGUUCUUCGCCCCCUGGUGAUGUGGACACGUGCAAGAGACUUCUCCUGAAUAUGAACGCUGCAGCUACCACGCUAAAGGAUAUGUACCUCUAUCUAAGGUUGAUUGCACUGCCAACACUAACACCUGUAAUAAAUACGGCGUCAGUGGAUAUCCAACCCUGAAGAUAUUUAGAGAUGGUGAAGAAGCAGGUGCUUAUGAUGGACCUAGGACUGCUGAUUAUAUAAUCAGCCACCUGAAGAAGCAGGCAGGACCAGCUUCAGUGCCUCUCAGGACUGAGGAAGAAUUUAAGAAAUUCAUUAGUGAUAAAGAUGCGUCUGUAGUAGAAAAAAAAAAUGAUUUAUUCAGUGAAGCUCACUCUGAGUUCCUAAAAGCAGCCAGCAAAAAAAAAAAUAACUACCGAUUUGCACAUACGAAUGUUAAGUCUCUGGUGAACGAGUAUAAAAAAAAAGGAGAGUAAGUAAUCUUAUUUCGUCCUUCACAUCUGACUAACAAGUUUGAGGACAAGACUGAAAAAAAAACAGAGCAAAAAAUGACCAGUGGCAAAAUUAAAAAGUUCAUCCAGGAAAACAGUUUCGGUAUCUGCCCUCACAUGACAGAAGACAAUAAAGAUUUGAUACAGGGCAAGGACUUACUUAUUGCUUACUAUGAUGUGGAAAAAAAAAAGAAUGCUAAAGGUUCCAACUACUGGAGAAACAGGGUAAUGAUGGUGGCAAAGAAAAAAAAAAAUGCUGGGCACAAACUCAACUUUGCUGUAGCUAGCCGCAAAACCUUUAGCAAAAAAAAAUCUGAUUUUGGCUUGGAGAGCACUGCUGGAGAGAUUCCUGUUGUUGCUAUCAGAACUGCUAAAGGAGAGAAGUUUGUCAUGCAGGAGGAGUUCUCGCGUGAUGGGAAGGCUCUGGAGAGGUUAAAAAAAAAUUACUUUGAUGGCAAUCUGAAGAGAUACCUGAAGUCUGAACCUGUCCCAAAAAAAAAAGAUGGGCCUGUAAAGGUAGUGGUAGCAGAGAAUUUUGAUGAAAUAGAAAAAAAAAAAAAUAAAGAUGUACUGAUUGAAUUUUAUGCUCCUUGGUGUGGUCACUGUAAGAAUCUGGAGCCCAAGUAUAAAGAACUUGGAGAGAAGGUAAGUAAAGACCCAAAUAUCGUCAUAGCCAAGAUGGAUGCCACAGCCAAUGAUGAAAAAAAAACAUAUGAAGUCAGAGGUUUUCCUACUAUAUAAAAAAAAACAGCCAACAAGAAGCUAAAUCCAAAGAAAUAUGAAGGAAAAAAAAAAUUAAGUGAUUUUAUUAGCUAUCUACAACGAGAAGCUACAAACCCCCCUAAAAAAAAAGAAGAAAAACCCAAGAAGAAGAAGAAGGCACAGGAGGAUCUCUAAAGCAAAAAAAAAACGCCACUUUGUAAAAGGACUCUUCCACCAGAGAUGGGAAAACCAUUAGGGAGGACUGGGACCCAUAUGGGAAUUAUUACCUCUCAGGGCUGAGAGGACAGAAUGGAUAAAAAAAAAAUCCUGUUAAAUUUUCUCUAAACUGUUUCUUAGCUGCACUGUUUAUGGAAAAAAAAAAACCAGUUUAUGUUUGUGGUUUUGGGAAAAAUUAUUUGUGUUGGGGGGAAAAAAAAAAAGGUGGGGUUGAGUUGGGGGUAUUUUCUAAUUUUUUUUGUACAUUUGGAAAAAAAAAAAUAAAUGAGACCCCUUUAAACUGU